AUGACCGACGUCUCUCAGUACAACGGCAAGUUCCACCGCGCAUCGUCGCCCUCUCCCAACGUUCUCCUCCUCGAGUUCAAUAGGAAGCCCGCCAAUGCCUUCCACGACCCGUUCUGGAUGGAGAUGCGUGACAUUAUCGAGCGCGUCUCGCGUGACGGCAACAUUCGCUGCAUCGUCCUGUCGUCGGCGCUGGACAAGUUCUUUACCGCCGGUCUGGACCUCGACGGCACCAGCAUUGGCAAGGCCGUGAACUUGGACGCGGCUCGUAGGGGCUUUGAGCUGUACAACCACAUCAAGGACUUCCAAGACGCGAUUUCGUCGCUCGAGCACUGCCGUCAGCCCGUCAUCUGUGCCAUGUACGGCUACGCGCUCGGCCUGGCCAUUGACAUUGCCUCGGCAUGCGACGUGCGCUUCGCCGCGUCCAACGUGACCAUGGGUAUCAUGGAGGUCAAGGUCGGCCUCGCCGCCGACAUUGGCACGCUCCAGCGUCUCCCCAAGGUGGUCGGCAACGGGUCGCUUGCGCGUGAGCUCGCGCUCACCGGCCGCAAGUUUGGCGCCGCUACGGCCCAGGAGCUGGGCUUUGUCUCCAAGGUCGUCGACGGCGGCCGCCAGGAGGUCAUUGACGCCGCGCUCGUCCUCGCCAAGGAGAUUGCAGAGAACAGCCCUGUCGCUGUCUAUGGCACCAAGCACAUUAUGAACCACGCUCGUGACCAUGCUGUUCAGGAGGGUCUCAACUACGAGGCGGCUUGGAACGCCUCUGCUCUGCAGUCCAACGACACGGCGGCAUCGAUCCUGGGUGUGCGGAAGCGCCAGGUGCCAGUGUACGAGAACCUCCCUUCGGCGCAUGUCCCGGCCAAGCUCUAA